AUGCCUGCACGCGAUUCCUCAGACCGCGAUCCCCUAAACGCGGUCCUCCGUCCCCCCAUCGACGAGACCCCCGACGAAAAGAGGUACCGUCUCGAGCAGGAGGCCGAGGCGCGACGGAUCAGCCAGGCCAUCGACGAGAGCAUUCGCCAAGACAAGCUCCAGCGCAAGAAGAUGAGGGUCGUUCGCCUCCUCCUACUCGGCCAGAGCGAGUCGGGCAAGUCGACAACUCUCAGACAAUUCCAGCGCUUGUACACACCCUCAGCCUUCAGGGAGGAGCGCAUUCUAUGGCAUUCGAUCAUUCAGCUCAAUCUGGUCCGGUCAAUUCACAUCAUUCUUGACGCUCUUGCGGACGUUCGGCCUCACGAGCUCCCGUCCUUACCUCCAUCUCCUUCACUCCGACCAACUCUGAGCUUUAACCCCACAUCUAGUUUCGCGCCCCCAUCGCUCUCGGGCUCCGGGUCUCCGCCGCGCGUAAUUGCGCCCUCAAUGCGAUCACGUUCGCACCGGACUGCAACCCUCUAUAGCGACUCGGACGCAGAAACAGACUCAACUGAUGCGUCCGCGCUCCCAUCGCAUCUGUCUGCACUUCGCAUGCGUCUCGCGCCCCUACACCACGUCGAGACAUUGCUCAUUUCGCGUAUCACACCUCCAUCAGAGGAACGACCUUACCUUUCUCCCCAAGCUCAACAACUAUAUGACGCCGUGGGAAUCCCAGCACAAGUAGGUCCCUCUCAUGCGCGUUCGAGUUCGACCGGAGAAGUAUUCGUGCGCCCGGGCGCAGCGUGGAAGCAUACUAUGCGGCAUGAUGCCGAUGCGGCUGAGACCAAUGGACACACAUACGGCUUGGGUAAUGCAAGUGCAGACACUGCGGAGGAGGUACAGCAAGUGCUUUUCCAGUGUCAGGCGGAUCUCAUAGCAUUAUGGCGUGAUCCGACUGUUCGGGCAAUCUUGAAAAAGCGCAAGAUUCGGCUAGAAGAGAGCCCUGGAUUUUUCUUGGAUGACCUGGAACGUGUCACAUCGCUCAAAUACUACCCCUCGGAUGAUGAUGUUUUGAAGGCGCGGCUGAAGACGGUAGGUGUGUCGGACUACCGUUUUGAGAUGGAGGCGGGGUCGGAAAGUGGGACGCAAUGGCGAAUCAUCGAUGUCGGCGGGUCGAGGAGUCAACGACGUGAGUGA